AUGGCACGUUGGGCCCCUUGGGCCUUCAUCCUUUGUGCCAUUUCUCUGGCCGAUGCAGACUGGGCGCUGCUGAAUUUGAUUCGUCAUGCGGAGCGAUAUGCGGACAAGUCGAUCACCUACUUAGCGCCCGACGGCGAGGACCGUGCCCAGUACAUCGCUCGUUGUGCUACAGGAAAGGCGCCAACUUUGAUGUUCCCACGGCCACCCUCGGCUCUGUUGGCAGGGAAGCGGCAAGAACUCGCCGGGCACAACUCCACACGGCCUUGGGAGACUUUGCACCCCUUGGCGAUGAAGUCUGGACUUCAACUUGACAAUCAUGUGGAUUUCCAGGAUGUUUUGGGCUUCAAGGCCUAUUUGAACAGACUUCCGAGUGGAAGCACCGUGUUGGUUGCUUGGGAGCACAAGAUGAUGGGCCAGCUGGCCCAGGCUGUGGAUCCAGAGGGUCUCGCACCGGCAAAGUACCCAGACCAUUGCGACUCAGAGUGGACAGAGCCUGAGUAUACCAUGGGUGCUUGCUACGAUGUGAUCUGGCAGUUCGUGUUGUAUCGCAGCCACUCGCGAGAGAGCUGGCGGGCCAAAGCCUUUUCUCACCUGCGGAUGGGCUUUGCGGGUGGAGGCUCCAAAUGCUCCGAGGCUGUCGAACCCUUCUCCAAUCCCAGCAGCUGGCCUCAGCUCAUGGACGAAGGCGACGGCACGGGCGGUGUUACACCUGGGAUGCUAGCUUGUGCUACCUUUUGCUCUCUCCUCUUCCUCAUGCUUGGUCGCCUGCACGCACUUCUCCUCGAAGCCCAUCAAGGUCUUGGAAAGGAGCCGCUUCUGGACGACAACCCGUCUGAGAAUUACACCGUGGUCUGCUGA